UUAGGGCAGCAGAUGACCCGGCGCAGCAGCGAGGAGCACAACAGUCCUCUAACAAAUGAAAGGAUGGGGGGCACCAGCAGCAGCUGAAUUCAGUAGACCUGGUUCAGGGACCGAGGGGAGACAACAGCUUUCUGCUCACUUCUGGGUGACUUUUGCUGGAUUUAUUCCCCAGUCCACAAAAACAUGCCAUUUGCCAAAAGAGUCGUGGAACCUCAGUUACUGUGCAGGUAUCAAAUCCCAAACGAGGAGGGUUUGCUUUUCGAGGAUCUGGUCUCCAUCAGCAAUGUGGCUCUAUCCCGGACCUUGCGGCAGCUGUCGGACCUGGCCAAACAUGCCUGCUCCAUCUUCCAGGAGCUGGAAAGCGAGCUCACAUCCACCAACCAGCGGGUCAGGGGGCUGCAGAGUAAGAUUAAUCAACUUCAGCAGACAUCCUCCGAACUGGACCCCAAACAGGAGGCAGUGCCGGUAUCAAACCUGGAUGUGGAAAGUAAGCUGACGGCACAUUUCCAAGCUCCCUGGCACCAGCAGAGGAACGUUUUCCACCCCUCCACACGGCCAGCAUGUGUGGAAGAGCUCCACAGGGAAGCCAGUCUCAGCCUGUGGGCCCUGAACCAAGAUCACCAGAGAAGACAAUCAGGCAGCAGGGAGCGGAGAGUAACCAUCUCAGCCUUGCCCCCGAUGCCAAUGUACCCCUCCCCCCAAGUCAUCCGGAGGCAUGAAAAGAGGGGCACAUGUUCAACAGCGUUUGAAUCCACCCGCUCCUCCUCCCCCACCGAAUGUUGCCGCCUGUCUCCCUGGAGCAGAAAGGCUGUGCCCUCUGACCCUGACACUGACGGGGUGGCUCUAGGUCACCGGUCUAAGUUUCCCAUCCCUAACAUCCCCUCCACCCUGGACAAGCAGACUAACUGGUCUAAAGCUCUGCCGCUGCCCACCCCAGAGGAGAGAAUGAAAUGCAAUUCCCAAGUCAUCACUUCAUGUGUCAUCCCUAUUAAUGUGACUGGGGUUGGUUUUGACAGAGAUGCUAGUGUGCGCUGCUCGCUCGUUCACUCGCAGUCUGUGCUUCAGAGGAGACGGAAACUGAGGAGACGGAGGACCGUCGCCGGCCUUCCCAGACAGGUGCAGCAAGAUUUAGACUCUGAUGAUUCUCCUGGUUCCAGAGAGCGAACAGUGAUCGUUCACUCCGGUCCAGACAUUACUCCUUCCAACGAGGAGCUGACCAGCCAUCUGAACACCAGAGACUCCGGCUGUCAGACAGAAGAGUCUCUGAUCUCAGGAGCGCCGUCUCGGAGGAGGAUCAGGGUCCAAAGAAGCCAGGGAGUGUCCAUCUUGCUCUCGUACUCUGCAGGCAACAUUUCCUCCCUGGCCGACAGCGCCGACGCCAUGUUCACUUCCUCUGUGGGGGAUCGCCUGCGCUCACGGAGUCUGCCCAGAGACGGCAUAAUGAUGGACAACGGGCACCAUGACACAGACGAGGAGGAGGAGGAGCUUUCCCCGUUUAACACUGAGAGCUUCCUGCCCGGACACAGGGAGAUGAUUCUGAAGGAUGAUGAAGAGAGUGCGGACCACCAGGCCAUGUCGGAGAGUCCGGAGUGCAGCUGGAUGGAGCGAACCAGAUCCCAGCUGCCCAGGAAGGCCGACUUGGGCAGCUGUGAGAUCUCAUCAAGCUCUGACACCUUCAGCAGCCCUGUACACUCUGUCUCAGCUGCAGGGGUGCUGGGUGGUCAGAUGGACCAUAAGGAGGACCACCAGUCUUCUAGUGGGAACUGGAGUGGGAGCAGCUCCACCUGCCCCUCCCAGACAUCAGAAACAAUCCCCCCUGCAGCCUCUCCACCCCUGACCGGCUCCUCACACUGUGACUCUGAGCUCUCCCUAAAUGCUGCCCCUCACGCUGCAGACGAGCAGACCAGCUUCUUGAUGGACAACUACCACGGCCUCAGGACCCAGCGGGCAGGCUCCUUCUCCUCAACAGCUAUGGAUAUAUUAGAGGAAAUCGGAGCCUGCACACCCAUUGAGGGGGAAUGGGGUUACCCCCAUGCAGAUCCCUCUCACUCCCAGGGCUUCACCCCCGAGCCGAGCAGAGAGGCUGAGAGCAGCCUGGGCUGCCCCAGCUUCACCAGCAUGGCCACCUGCGAGAGCAGCUUCUCCGACAAACCACCCUCAGAAAAAGCUGACACCGUCUCACACUACUCUGUAGACACUGAAGGUUACUACACCUCCAUGCACUUUGACUGCGGUCUGAAAGGUAGCAAAAGCUUCACUAGUAACUAUGCACCCUCUGCUGCUGAUUGUGGUCUGUCGGACCUGAGCGGACACCUGACGCUGGGGAGACGCUGCCUUUCUUUGAGAAAACCAAAGGCGAAGCCGUCUCCGCCAAAGAGGAGCUCUUCCUUAAGAAAAAUAUGCAGUGAGGGAAACAUUCCUGACAAGAGAGAACCAAAGAUUACAUGCGGGCAGCAAUUUCCACUGUCUUCUAAGGAGAGGAAACUGAAGCUGGCUUUGGCUGGCUCGCAAGCUCAAGUAGAAAACUCUUUAGUUCGAGAGCCCCUUGCAGUCUGGGGGGUGAAGGGCUCAGCUGAUCUACUUGAUUUAGGCAUGCUAAGCUCUGUGGAUGCACAUUCGUUUAAGGAUGAGGGUGUUGUGCAGCCCGACUAUGCAGAUUUGUGGCUUCUGAACGAUUUAAAAUCUAGCGAUCCUUACAGAUCGUUAUCGAACUCCAGCACAGCGACAGGUACGACUGUGAUCGAAUGCAUCAGGUCACAGGAAAGCUCCGAAUCCCAGACAUCCCAGUCUGGCUCCAGAGCCACCACCCCCUCACUUCCAUCGGUGGAAGGGGAAUUUAAGCUAACAUCCCCGGAGAAGCUGGCAGGCCUGGCCAGUCCAUCUAGCGGCUACUCCAGUCAGUCAGAAACCCCCACUUCCUCUUUUCCCUCCACCUUCUUUCCUGGACCACUGUCACCAGGGACUGGCAAGAGGAAGCCAAAAGUCCCAGAGAGGAAGUCCUCUCUGUCAUCGCUGUCUCUGCAGUCACGAUCCAGCAGGGACGGAGCAACCUCCAAGAGAGAUCUGGAGCUGCCCAUUAUUCCUCCCUCCCAUCUCGACUUAAGUGCCCUUCACAGUGUGAGCAACAAGGCCUCAGCUUACAGAACUCAGACACAAAACCUUCACCAGAAUAAACAAAAACCUGCGCAGAUGGCUGAUACUAUAGCCCCUCCCACCUCAGAGGUGUUUAAUGCCCAUGCUCUGUCCAUCACACCUUCAGCUCUGCUCUCAGUCCAACUUCGAUCCAUCAGUAAAGAACACGGAGGACACGAAGAUAAAGUGGUUUCCCAACUCCAGUGUCCCAUGAGUGAAAGCUCCUCACUACACAACUCACAUCAUCAUCAUGUAUCCACAAAGGAGCUGUGCGAAUCAGUGAUUACCUCAAAUGUAGAGCGAGUGAGCAAGAUAAGCAACAAGCAAGAUGAUGAGGCUCCUUUAGAGAGAGUCGGUCUGCAAUCAGAACCACAUCUGAACCAGAAAGGCUCAGAAAUCCCUGAGACUGAUGAAGGGGAGCCGUCUGGAGACUCCAGCUCACAUGUAGAGCCUGCACCGCACCAAGAGACGAAUCUGACCGAAGAAGAAACAUGUCCCUCUCCCCCAGUUCUGCACAGCUCACCAAAGAGAGGCAACAGUGUUGAUGAAGUGCCUGCAACUGACAGUCAGCUGGAGACGUCGCAGGAGAGCUCAGCCAGCAACGAAGCAGAAAACUAUUCAUCAGGUGUUUCAGCCGAAAGUGCCUCGCAGGACAGCAAGGAGGAGUCCACGGCAGAGACGGAGGAUUAUUUCAGCAAAGACUCUACACCCAGUGACAACUCUGUGUCUCCUCCACAUGAUGAAUCAAGACCAGAGGACGAUAAUGUGUUUCUGUCUCCCACUAAGUCCCGAACUACUGAGGAUCUGUUCGCUGUGAUUCACAGGUCCAAAAGGAAAGUAUUAGGGAGGAAGGACUCCACCGAGCUGAGUGUAAGGAACCGUCUUGGUGCCGCAUCAGGAAACACGCCGCCUGGCAGCGCCGUGAGCUCCCCGGUCUCACAGGUUUCACCCUCUUCCUCUGCAACCCCACCAGGCUUGCACCGAGUCCCCGGUCCAAUCUACAGGAAUGCGAAGAAGUCCAGCACAUCGAACGAAGAGUUCAAACUGCUGCUGCUUAAAAAAGGAAGCCGCUCGGACUCUAGUUACCGCAUGUCGGCUACGGAGAUCCUCAAGAGCCCAAUCACUCCUAAGUCGCCUGGAGAUUUUCUCCCAGAGUCCCCCAAACUAUCUGAGGAGCAGCAACAGCCAGGACAAGACCAGCUCUCCUACCCCAAAGCCAACGCUGAGGGCUUCUCUCCAAAAUCCUUCCUCACUUCCGCCGCUUCCAGGCAGGGGCGCUCCAGGAUCCCCCCGCCCGCCAACAGCAGCCGCUACAGCAUGCGCAGCAGGUUGUUUUCAGCGCCCAUGCAGGCCAUCUCAGAGGGCGAGACAGAGAACUCAGACGGGAGCCCUCACGACGACCACUCCUCACAGGGAUCCACGUAGUCGAGGGCAGAGCUGAAAUAAUCUGACAUGUUUACAGAAAAUAAAAAGGUUCACAAUUAAAUAAGAAAUAUAUUUUGGAAAUGUGCUUAAGUCAGGAAUUUCAUCAUUUCAUUUAAAAAGGUAAAAAAUCAAGCAGAAAGUAGUAAAUUACAAAUGAGUUGUAAAACUGUUCUUUUUUUAUUAUGUAAAAAAAUUUACCUGCAUUUUAUACAAGCUGUAUUUCUAAAAAAAAAAAAAAAAAAGAAAAGAAAAGAAAGAAAAAAAAGCAUCUUUA